ACUUUGUCAUAGAAUGUUCGGUUAGUUAAAGAUUUAAAAUGAAGUUGUUUGGACUUUUUUUAUGGUGUUCUGGCAGUUUAGGUAUACUCUUAUGUGCGGCCGAUGAUUUAUAUGAUGUGCUAGGAGUUAGUAGGAGUGCAAGCAGUCAAGAUAUCAAAAAGGCAUACAAAAAUCUAGCCAAAGAAUGGCACCCUGAUAAAAAUAAGGAUCCAUCUGCCACUGACAAAUUUACAAAAAUUAACGAAGCUUAUGAAACGUUAAGCGAUCCACAGCGCAGAUCAAAUUAUGACAAGUUUGGUUACACAGCAGCGCAGGAGCAAAGACCAGGCGCCAAUCGAGGUGGCUUUAACCCGUUUGAUGACUUUUUUGGUGGAUUUGGACCAUUUGGUUUUGGUGGUAGGGAGAGUAGUGGUUUGGAAAAAUUUCUGACCACCAUGCGCCAUUAUGAAACUGUCCUACACCCAGGCUCUCAUCAAAAUCCUUGCUUUGUGUAUGCAUAUUCAGACUUCUGUUUUAACUGCAUGAGGCUGGAACCAGUGGUCUUUAAGUUUAUGUCUGAGCUGGAGAAUAUAGGAAUGUGUGUUAUAGCUGUCCACCUGAGGCGCUCUCCAGGUCUGGCUAGCCAUCUCAGGAUCCAUGAAGUCCCAAAUAUUCUUGGUGUUGUGUCUGGUAGAGUCACGUUCUACAAAGAAAAUGGCAUUUCUUUUGAUCAUUUACGAGAGUUUGUCAGACGUCUCUUCCCAUCAGGAACAGUAACUAUGAUCAAGGAUGAUACGUUUGACAGUUUCUUAGAAGGCUGGCGCGACAACAAGGUCAGAGCUGUAUUUUUCACUUCUAGAGCAGAGCCAUCUCUCAGAGUUUUAGCAUCUGCCUUCUAUUAUCGAGAUCGGGUUGCAUUUGGCUAUGUUCACACGAUGGGCCCUGAUGUAGACAAAUUGCUAAAACGUUUCAGCAUUAACAAACACAGAGAGACCUUAUUACUUUGGAAUGAAAUUACAGAUUCUACUCUAGUUUCUAUUAUUAUGCAGCAGCUGUCAAGAUCGACAAUUGAUGAGGUUUUGUCAAGUAACAAAUAUUUGGCACUCCCGCGUCUCUCAUCACAAAGUGUUUUUGAUGAGCUAUGUCCUGUAGAGCCAAAGAUGAAGAAGCGAAAACUGUGUGUUGCCCUUGUGACCAAGAAGGUGGAUGAACAUGAUGAAGCUAGAAACUCCUUCAGGCAUUUUGCCAUGCACACCAGAGUUCCCAAUGAGAGAGUGAAAUUUGUUUACAUUUAUGCAGAUGUCCAGCAGAGCUUCAUCAAUGCUCUAACCAAAGGGAAUGAAACAAGAUCAAAGACGGUGGUUGAAGUUGUUAUAAUAUGGAGACAAGAUACUCAUCGAUUGAGCUAUGAGUUCCUUGAGCAUGGGUGGAGCUUAGACCCCGAGACACUGCCGUUGUCGAGGGAAAAAUUGGAAGAGAGGCUGACCCAGAUUUUAAAUGGGGAUAACCUUCUCCCUUACAAAGCCAUUGUACCAGAGUUCUACAAUGAGCAUAUGCUGGGCCUUUUUACAAGAAUAUUCUUUAAACUCUAUGACUGGUAUGAUAGGAUCAUGUACUACUGCACCAGCUAUGAUGGCAUGACCCUACUUACAGCAAUAGCAGCUCUGGCUUUUGUUGGUGCUGUGUCCUACAGUAUGAAAAAGUUAGCCCAUGCAGAGGCUGAGGAGCUGAAGAAGAAAAGAUUGGCAAGAAAGAUACAAACACGGCCACCAUCUUGCUCUCCAGACAACCAGACAAUUCACAUAUACGAAUUAAGGUAUGAAUCUUUCCAGAAUUUUGUCUCUGAGGCAGAUACAGGAUUAACUGUGACUUUGCUUGUUGAUGAGCACACCAAAGAUAAAUUAUUACACAAAUUUGCUGAGAUCAUGCAGCCCUUCUCAAGAUACAGUGCAUUAACAUUUGCCUUCUUACAACUGGAAUACUACCUAGACUGGUACCGCCAUCUCCUAGAGCUUAGCAUGGAUUUUAAGGUGGCACUAAAGAACAUCAACAACCGCAAUUGUGUUGGCACUGUACUUGCCAUCAAUGGCUACCGCAAAUACUAUUACAUUUAUCAUCCAAAGCGAGCAAGAAAAUGGAUGAGACGAGAGCAUGGGAAAAAUAUAACAAAAGCGAUCGGAUUUGGUGACUCUGAUUCUAACAGCUCAGAGGAUGAGGGCACGACUAGAGAGGAAAAUGUUUUAUUUGAAGAUGAAAUUUUAGCAGGAUUGUCUAUCUGGAUGGACAGAGUAUUUGACGGCUCUGUGAAAAAAGUUCGUCUCAACUACUGGCCUGAGAUGAGUAAAUAAUGAUACAGUAUAAGUUAACACAAUUUUUUAGAUAGAUUUUUCUUUUCUUCACUCAGAUUUGUGAUUUUAAACUAAACACAUCUGUGAUUUUUGUCAGUGUCACAUAUUAAGACAGUAUUUCGCUUUUAUUUAUAUAUUUUUAACCGUAAGCAUGUUUGCAUUUUAAAGCAAAAUUUCCAAUUUUUGUUAGACUGAAGGUUGAGAUUUUUACUUUUUGGUUCGUAACAUCUGUGUCUAUUUAAACUAGUAAUUACUUUACAGUUGUAUAUUCCAUGUGUUUUCUGCUUUAAGUAUAUGUUUAUAUUUAUUAUCACUGCCAACAAGAAAGUAAAGGUAAAUACUGUUUAAUAUAAUGCUUUUGGAAAGCCAUCAAGAAUCAAACAUCUGUUCUUUGUAUUUUAAAAAAAACUGUUCAUUGCUUAAUGCUAGCAAGUUUUUUAUAUAUAUUAGUUUUUUAAAAUAAACAAUCUUACAAGGCUGUGAACUAGAUAGUUUGUGGCAAACAGAUCACGGUUGUGUUGCAGCAAGCCUAUAACUAACUUGUAUGCAGGUUGUAAAACUGGAUUUUGUCAACCUGCACCCAUUCAACUCACAACCAGGGGAUCCUGCACAUAUUGUAUAACACUAAAAUAUGACUAUGUACGCUCCCUCUCUGCAUAACAAAAUUCAACAAUUCCAUAGACCUACAUUAUGUUCCAUAUUUUAUAACAUUUCUGGGAACCUCACCCUCAAUGUUAUAUGACUCUGCUCUAUACCAUCACCCUGUCCCAUAUUAAAAAUAAACAAAUAAUAAACUAACCCAACCCCUUGUGCAUUAUAUAUGUGCAUGAUACUAGACACAAAAUUUGACCAUAUAUUCCAUAACUUAUCAGGUUUUACACUGCCAAAAUGGGCUGUAAAUCACUUGUGUGUAGAAAUUGUAUGCAUUGAUUUUUUUUACCAAACCUUCAGCAUUUGUUUUAACUAAUCACUAGUAAAUUUUUGUUGAUGGAGCAUUUAUUCUUGUCAUAAACAUGAAAGUUAAUAAAUACCGGUACUACUUUUAAAAAAUUAUUUGUAUUUUAAAAUUGCUUAAUUAUUAUUCUUUUUUGUAUUCAAAUCAUGGAGUUAAAAUUUUAAGUUUAGGCUACCA